AUCUUGUUGCAAAUCGCCGGUGGUGCUGGAACCACCGGAGGACGUAGUAUGGCCAAAGACCGUUGACAUAAUUCAAGUCGUCAAGUGUGAUGGGUGAACGGUAAGAGCGAAUUUGUGUGCCUAGGAAGCUUAAGCGGAUUAAGCGAAUGUAUAACCGAAAUAUCUCGGUUAGAGAGUCAGUACUGAAACUGACUCAUCUUAACAAAAAGCGCAGCCUGCUGUUGUAGCAGUCUCCUCCUAUUUAUCACUAGACAUUUUCGUUUAGAAAACGCGUCUAGUUGUAAUGAAAAUGGUCUCUCCUUUUACUGACGAAAACCAAUUUGGCAAUUCAGUAGCACAAUCCGUCUUAGACGCGUUUCGUCGCCUGCCAUCACACGGAAAACCAAUUGUUCGAGCAAACGGGCUAAAGGAAUGGACCACUUUGGCUGGAAUUGUUGCUCACAAUGUUGAAGAAAACACGUUUGAGUGCAUCAGUCUCGCCACUGGUGUAAAAUGCAAUGCUGUAAGCAAAAUCGAUCAGGCAAAAUUAGGUUGCGUUCUUCACGAUUGCCAUGCAGAAAUCCUAGCUCUACGAGGAUUCAAUCGUGUAUUACUCGAAAACAUAAAAAACAUUAAGGAAGGAAAACCUUCAAACAUCCUCAUUAAAAAGGAAAAAGAAGACAAGUUUAAGUGCCCAAAAAAGAUGACGUUUCACCUCUAUGUUUCUGAGUGUCCAUGUGGAGAUGCAAGCAUGGAAUUGCUUAUUAAAAAAAGUAAAGAUAAAGAACCAUGGCGGUUAAGGAACGAAACACCCAACCAACCAUUAAGAGGUCGCGCGGAUUUCUCCCAGUUGGGCAUUGUAAGAACAAAACCCGGUCGCGCGGAUUCGCCGUGCAGUUGGAGUAAAAGUUGUUCCGAUAAACUAAGUGCUCGAGAAUACUUAUCGCUUUGUAAUGCACAGACCAGUUUAUUAGUCCAACCUAUAUACUUGAGCACCUUGGUACUACCAACAGAAGUGGUUGAAGAGUCUGCCAUAAAAAGAGCUUUCGGUGCAACAGGGCGUUUGGCACCGCUUGCGGAGGUAUGCAUUCCUCCUUACAAAUUUACACCGUUUCAAGUUCUGCAGUGUGAUGUGCCUUUUGAAUAUGCAAACACAAGCAACAGUAGUGAGAAGAAAGUGACCAGCACAAACGUUCAACUGUGGAUGGGCAACGUUGUCCAGCAACGUGAAGUUAUUCACAACGGUAUACGCUCUGGCGUGAAAGCAACAAACUUUGAGAAGGCUAUGUCAUUAGUCUGUCGACGACAACUCAUGCAUUUGUUAAAAGCAAUUCAACCAGCAUUAACGAACGACGCAAACUAUGCGAAUUGGAAAGAGGAAAACAAAGAAAGAAGGGAGGCAAAGCGUUUGCUUAUGUCCGUUAUGAAAGGAUGGAUGCCUAACGAGGGAUCUGAUUUUGUAUGGGACUGACUUUUAGAGCAUGCGUGUUCCUCAGGAUUGCACCAAGUCUGAACAACGCCACUUGUUCGUCGUAGUCCACAAAGGGUAUAAUGCGCAGCAGCAAGGAAUAUGGGAGGUUUAUUCGCGAAGAUGGUAAAUGAUCACCGCAUCAUACCUAACUGUGUCAAGCAAUGUGCAGCGGCACUAAGUGAGCUAGAGGGUUUUUCCUUGUCAGCGUUUCUGGUUUCGCGACUGUUGGCCGAAUUUGGCGCUCGUUCCUCGAUCACACUCUUGGAUUUCUUCAACGGUGUGGAGAAACUAUAGCACUUCGUGGGUGUUCCUUGUGUAGAACAACAAUCAGCCUUUGAACUUGUUCGUUUUUGUCCAACCAUCGACAAAGACAUUGACUUUCGUAGUCUUCGAGUAGACGGUGAAGCGGAUUGCAUUAACGCGGCCGAAGAACGAAUACCAUAUCGUCUCGAUUGAGACCGGUAAGCAGAUGCGGGAGAACUGUCGGUAGGGAGCAUUCGGUUUUGUAGGCU